GCAAAUUCAUUCCGACUCCAUGUAUGGAGUGACCUGUGAUAAUAUGUGAUAAUCUGUGGUCAACUUCGAGGUUCUGCUAUCAGACUGCAUUUAAAUAAAAUCCAGCUCGUUGCAUUAGUCUCAUGGACCCCCAACUCAGAUCUCACCCUCACGCACACACAUACACGCACUUGUAAAAACCAGUUUGCCUUCAAUAACUUAUACGUUCCGAAUAACCCGCAAAGAUGUCCAAUCCGAAGCGGUCCGUCCUGAUAACAGGAUGCUCAGACGGUGGCAUGGGUGCGGCCCUGGCCGUGGCCUUCCACAAAGCUGGAUUCCACGUCUACGCGACAGCACGGAAUCCUGCUAAGAUGACGCAAUUGGCUUCUUCUGGUAUUGAGACUCUUCAAUUAGACAUACAAUCCGAACAAUCGAUAGCCGAUGUCGUCGGCAAGCUUUCCUCGCUUGAUGUUCUAGUCAACAAUGCCGGCAAUCAAUUCCUCAUGCCGGUCGUUGACGCCAACAUCGCCGAAGCUAAGAAGUUGUACGACUUGAACGUGUGGGCCCAUAUCGCCAUGAUCCAAGCUUUCUUACCACUUCUUCUGAAAUCUCCCAACGCAUUGAUCGUCAACCAAACAUCCAUCGGUGCCAGCGCUUCGAUUCCAUUCCAGGCUAUUUACAAUUCGUCCAAGGCCGCCCUAGCUCUGAUUUCAGAUUCUCUGCGCCUCGAACUUCAACCAUUCGGUAUCAAAGUCGUCGACUUGAGGACCGGCGUCGUCCGGACCAACUUGAUCAAGAAUCUGCAAGAGAAGGCCAACCCCACGCUUCCUAAGGGCUCGAUAUACGAGCCCGCGAGGGAUAUAGUAGAGAAGGCGCUACGACAAGAGGGCUUUGAAGGCCAGGGUAUGCCGGCCGAGCAGUGGGCGGAGGCGGUGGUUCGCGAUCUGCAGAAGACCAACCCUCCACCAGUUAUCUGGAGGGGCGAGUCAGCAUUCUUGACACGUAUCUCAACGGUGCUGCCGUUUGGAAUGUUUGACGGCUUUGUUAAGAAGAUAGCCGGGUUGGAUCGUGUUGAGCAGAUCAUUAAGAAAUGAGGGCACCAUGUUGGUGACGACUACGAAAAAAGUUGCACAGGAAAGGUGUAAGAUGGUUGAUAUCCAUAGCUUACUUGUAUCUAAUUAUUUUCUUGAUUGUUGGUGUCUGGCUUAGAAUAUGAUUUCAUAGAGUAGUACGAUAAGAGCGAUUCAAUUGACCUAUCACUUGUCAUAAAA